GCCCCGUUCUUCUGUAGUGCGCAACAGAGCUCAAUUGAUGGAUUUACUGAACUGAAAAGGGAAAGUUUGGCAUCGGAUUAACUUGUGUGGCGGAAUAUCAACUCCAAGAUUACAUUUAGUGCUGUGCCGUCUCACAUUUUGGUUUAGUUUUCAAAAUCUUGCUCAGUUUUAGGAUUUCUAACGGUUUCUGAACUCGGACUCUUUACGCACAAGUUGUUUUGUUUUUUGUUUUUAACAUGGCGAACUCUUGUCUUCAGCUGAGCGCCUUUCUCCUCAGUUGCCUUGGCUGGCUGGGCAUCGUGAUCGCGACAGCCACGAACGACUGGGUGGUGAUAUGUAAAUACGGUAUAAACACCUGCAAGAAGAUGGAUGAGCUGGGAGUGAAAGGACCCUGGGCUGAGUGCGUCAUCUCGACGGGACUCUACCAUUGCGUCUUUCUCACUCAGAUCCUGGAUCUGCCAGCUUUCAUCCAGACCACUCGCGCCCUGAUGAUCACAGGUUCAAUCCUGGGUCUCCCAGCGGUGGGAACGCUCCUCAUGUCCUUGCCAUGCAUCAGCCUCGGCAAUGAACCCCAGAGCUCCAAGAACAAACGGGCCGUCUUAGGAGGAGUGCUUUUACUCAUAGUUGCGUUGUGCGGCAUGGUGUCUACCGUCUGGUUUCCCAUCGGGGCCCACUACGAGCAGGGUCUCAUGUCAUUCGGCUUUUCCCUCUACUCCGGGUGGCUGGGCACCAUCUUCUCCCUGCUGGGAGGCUCCAUCGCCACCUGCUCAUCAGAGUCCUCCUCCUCCCGCUCCUACCAGGACAACAACCAUUUUUACUACUCCAAACAGGGCGGCGCUAACGUGCCAGCGGCCCCCACCACCAACCACGCCAAGAGCGCCCACGUCUGAGAUCGGCGACGAAUCCCACACGGAGUGUGGUUUGUAAAUAGAGACAUGUGCAAAAGAGCAAGCAAACACAUAUAUUUGCAUUUUAUAUUCGGUUUAUGUGAAGGAAACUACCAAAGAAAAAAAAAAGAGGAGCAAACAUAGAUCAAAAAUCCAAACAAAGACUGUUUGUUUCAGUUUUACUUUUUGGCACUGGGCUGUUUUGUGUCUCCUCAUGUUGGGCGUGGUGUGGACUCUACCCAGUGUUACAUAACAGUACGAUCUCCUGAGUAACUGCCUGCACAGCAGCCUGAGGUCCUUAUUAUAUUCUAUAUUGCGUCUAUAUUUUUCUAUCAUGUACCUGAAGGUGAAAUCUUGUGAGUGCUACUUUUGAUAAAUGUGCUUUUGUAACCAAAUACCACAAUCUAUUGAUUUGAUCUAUUGAUUAUGGCAGGGUCUGACAGUAUUACGCUUUGGAACUGAAAAUGUGUUCAUUAGCAUUGUUUAUGUACAUUGAUCUUUCUUUGACAGGAUUGUACAGCUUUCCGGUGCCUCUGGAGUGAUAGACUUUAUGAAAAUACUGGAGCACGGUUUCUUUACUAGGCCCCAUUAGAUGACGCUUGCGCGAUGGGAACAUAAAUUUUUACAAGGGGAGCUUUACCCAGCAGUAUUCGAGUCCCGGCAUUUGCACUGAAUGACAUUAUUAGAAAGGAAAACCUUCACCUCAGUCGUCAUUUUCACUUGACUAACUUGCUUCUAUUUUAGGUUUGAAUAAUAACAAAAAGCGUGAAAAAAGAAAAAAAAAAAGAAAAAAAAGCAGCACGCUAAACGUCUUUAGCUCAAAGUACCACGUGGAUCGGUUUUCCUUGGCUGAUGUAUUGUGCAGCUAAAAGGUAAUCCCCAACUCAGACCUGUAAAGGAGCGACGUUGGCUGCGGCUAUUUAUUUUAUGUUUCACUGGUGUGCCGAUGUUUCAUUUUCAAAAUAAAGACAGAACAAUUAAAACUGCCUUUGUCUUGGGUGCGACUUGUUAACUUUUGUUCCACAUAUCAAUUUGCUGUCUUCAUUUUCUCCAGGGCAGACAAAAAUUUUAAAAAAAGUGAACGUUGUAUACGUGACGUACAUGUGUGCAUGACAUAAAUGGUAAUCACUGCUCUGGAACAAGCAGAUUAGUUACAUGCGUAUGUGACUGUGUUUGCGUAAAUGCAAGUUGAAGACGACGAGAGGCCACAUGUGUGUCAGAUAAUAAUAAUUUGACUCAGCGACCUUGAGUUGGAUCAACGCGCCAACACAACCGCAAAAAAAGAUAAUUGUGUCGAAUGUCAGCGUACUCCUUCGCCCAUGCCAAGGUCACUGAGUCAUACCCCAGAUAUUACAUGACACUUUGAAAACAACAUGCGCUAUCUCUUUGUCCUCUGCUUAUCUCCGAACGCAUUAUUUUACGUCCGUCUGCGUGAUAAUCCCCACGUUUGCCGUAUUUCCUACACAUCGCCGCCGCUUUGCAUGUGAAUUUGGGUGUGAUUGAGUGUUCACUGAAAUGUGAUGCUGUUCCAGGCGUUCAGCCAUCCAGGCCAGCGGGAGGGCAGUUGGGCAAAGCUGUCCCGUAUCGCGAAAAGAGACUUGUAGUGUUAUGAUAUGCUAUACUUGAAACGUCGCUGUCUAUAUCAGCAACAAAGCUGACUAAGAAGGACACGGUAUUUGUUUUUAUCUUCUCUUGCAUAUUCUCGUCAACCGGCGUCAUGACUGUGAUACUUAGCCCUUUCCAUCAGUUGUUUUCUGAACAGUAUCUUAAUUUCCACGCUGGCCGGUUACAGUUUUAACCUAGAACAAUAUUCAACAGCACUCAGAGAACACAAACAAUUUUUUCUUUUUUUUUCUUUUUCCAACAUCAUAGCAGUGAUGCUGAAGAAGUGCAGAGCGUGUUCCGGAAAAGAGGGAGUGAAAGCAAAAGUUUUCCAAUGAAAACACGGAUUUGUUCCAGAUAACAGAAUCUGUUACGCUGACUAGAACACUGGUGAAGGCGUUUCUGUGGAAUUCUUGGCGUUGGCAGCUCACAGCGCACGCAGAAUGACGCUAAAUUUGGCUUAGACAUUUUGUAUUUUAGACAGAAUUCCACCAACGUACAGCGGCGCAGCAUGCCAGAUAGAUGAUGAGUAUCUGGGCUCAGUUAAAACAGCUGUUUGACAUUUUGGGAAAUGCAUUUAUCCACCUCCUCGCAAAGGGAAGAGGCAAGAUAAAUAUCACUCUCAGGUCUGUGCCGUAAGUUUUGCAACCCAGAAAUGCUCAUCUUAGCUUAGCAUUAGAAACAGUACAAAACACCAACCAUGGCCUUCUGCUGCCACAUUAGUAUUAGUAUUUAUUUUAUAGGGACAAUGUUGCAUAUUAUAACAUAUAUAGCUUAAGCUAGAGCUUACCCUUGGGUGGGCCAUUAUACAGUAACCCACAAUUUUCCCAUCAAUGCUUGAUCCUACCACCUCAGUCUUUGUUAAUGAGCGUAUUUCCCAAAAUGUCCAACUACAUCUUUAAUAAAAUUGACUAAAAAUGCAAGGCACAUCUGCAGCAGUUUGGUUGUUGAACAGUUUGCCAUUUUAACCCAUGAAUGCAUACUUCCAUUUUUACCAUAUAAGGUAAAAUAUGAAAAGAGUUACAGGCCAAAACUAGAUAUCAUCAUCCAAAAUAACACAUCCAUCUUCCUACCAUGCACGACACCGUUGUGUAAUUGCAUAUGUAUGUAUGUAUGUAUGUGCGUAUUUCGCCUCAUGCAGACGUGAAUAAACGAGCCAGCCUCUCUUUGGUAUUUGCAAUAAAUAACUUUCAUUGUUGCAUGGAAGCAAUAUCAACAACUCAGCAGAAAAACAGUGCACCCAGGAGCAAAAAUAACCACACGUAUGGAAGAAACCUUUAAAAAAAAAAAAAAAAACA